UAGUUUUCACACAGCGGUGUAGUCUCGAGCGGCUGCGGCACAUUUUGGAGUCGACUUCGGCAAGUAAUAUAAAAUUAGUAACCAGCAACCAUGUCGAACCCCAGAGUUUUUUUUGACAUCACUGAGAAUGGCGCACCCAUGGGCAGGAUUGUUAUGGAGCUGAGGGCUGAUGUUGUCCCCAAGACUGCCGAGAAUUUCAGAGCCCUCUGUACUGGUGAGAAGGGCUUCGGCUACAAGGGUUCCGGCUUCCACCGCAUCAUCCCCGGAUUCAUGUGCCAGGGUGGUGACUUCACUAACCACAACGGAACUGGUGGCAAGUCCAUCUAUGGCAACAAGUUUGCCGAUGAGAACUUCACCCUGAAGCACGGAGGCUUUGGCACUCUGUCCAUGGCCAACGCCGGCCCCAACACCAACGGUUCCCAGUUUUUCAUCUGCACCGCCGACACCAACUGGCUUGAUGGCAAGCAUGUCGUGUUUGGCAAGGUUGUCGAGGGCGACGCCGUUGUGAAGAAGAUGGAGACCAAGGGAUCCAGCAGUGGCAAGACCUCCGCCAAGAUCGCCAUCGCUGACUGCGGCCAGCUUUGAGUGGCGUCCAUCUUCGCUUCCAUCCUUCACCCCUCUGACUGCCCCGGCCUCUUCCCUCACCCAAACCUCCGGUUUAUCGGCAUUCCUGUUCAUGUACAUUUUGUUUUCUUUUUUUGUUUUUAAAGAGUUUACCACCCUUCUCCUUAAAUUGAAAAUACUCGUUCCAUGUUUGGUUUGUGCCUGACCUUGUGUUGUGCAUUAGCAAUGUCUUUUCAGGACCACAAAAAAAAAAAUCAGGAUUAAAGUAGGAACAAGCUUCCUUGAAAGUCAAAUGUUUUCUUGUUUGUUUUUUGUUUUGCAAAAAAAAGCAUUUAGAUGUCAGUAGAGAGAACUUUGUUUCUUUGUAAACGGUUAGAAAAAUUGGAAUGCGAUGGUGUCUUAAGCUCAUGAUUGGAACCUUAGAUGUUCAAGGUAACAUUUAUUCCAAUUCUGUUUCUGUCAUAGAUGACCUCGAUGUCUGCCUUGUCAUAUCAGGGGGUCUGCAGUAGUACACUAUUUGCAAUUAUCUAAACAUCAUUAAAAGACCUUGACUUAA